AUGGCGCUACUAAAGAAAGGCACACCGUUCGACAACGGCCCGAAGGGUAUACCGUGGCUGAUGCAUCUCGGCGACGACUAUCUACAGUUGCCUAGAGAAAAGUGGCUCGUGCUAGGGUCUACAUACUGGGCAAGCUCGAGACGUCACGCCUAUACGUCGAUGAGCUUGUCAACCAUGGGGUGCCCAGACGGCUACGCCAACCGCUGUCGUCGCGACGGCCACGGGGGACCCGACAUGAAAUUGACGACGCCGCCUGUUGUGUGA